GCUGCUUGUCACUCGGGCUAUUUCUGCUGUCUGUCGCUAUUGCUACACUGUCCAGCGCUAACAGUUUAGAUUAGUCUCAUUUUUCUUCUUUCUCCUUUCUACCUCUGUCUGUCUGUCUGUCUCUCUGUCUCUCUCUCUUCCUCUCUCUGUCUCUCUCUCUUCCUCUCUAUCCCUGUCUCUCUCACUCCCCGUUUGCCUUCAGUUUGUAGCUUGGAGUUUCCCUGGCAGUGCCUCUCUUGUUAUUGUGCUGACUCGCUGCUCCUCUUUCCUCUAGCUCUGCUGUUUCACUGUGGGAGGGAAAGAGGGAGACAGAGGGAGCAAGAGAGAAAAAAAGAGAGAGGGGAGAGGAGGGAGGGAGGGGUGAAAACGAGAAAGGGGACCAGCCAGCUGAGACCGAGACAGACAGAGACAGAGAGACCGAGCAGGAGGUGAAAAUGUCUCACCGGCUGCGUCUGUACUUUGGCUCUGGCCGCAGCAAUACGGCUCCGGAAAUGGAGGAGCUGGAAGGGCCGUCCCAGGCCCAGGACGGCAACGAUGUCGCCAUGGCAUUCCACAUGCAGCAGCCUCACCGGCCUCAGCGCUGGAGCAGCCCAGAAUCGCCUACCUUCUCCUGGUGUCCUGAGAGAGACCUGCCUGCCUUGAGUGCUUUCUCUGUGCCUCGGCAACGGCCUGAGAGAGAGGUCUGCUUUGUGCCACGUCCCUUGUCUGAGAGCCCCCUGGCCGGUCAUGGAGGUUCUGGAGACUCCUCACUCAAACGAAGCUCCUCCAUGUUCAUACCCCAGCUGACUCCUGCCGAGCCACGACCCACGAAGAGUUCCUCUAUGCAGAUCUCUCUCCAACGAUCCUCCGGUGCCGGGCCUGCUGGAGCCGAAGAGCCACCGCCACCCAGCUACACCCCAGGACCUGCUCCGGCCUACACAGAACCAGACGGGAACUACCGCUACGCUCCACCACCACCACCACCACCUUACUACAGCCGAGACACUCCAUCUACGGCUAGCUCACCACCUCACUACAGCCGAGACACUCCAUCUACGGCUAGCUCACCACCUCACUACAGCCGAGACACUCCAUCUACGGCUAGCUCACCACCUCACUACAGCCGAGACACUCCAUCUACGGCUAGCUCACCACCUCACUACAGCCGAGUGGCUUCAGGUAGCUCUAGUUCUGCCAUGCCUCAGAAUCGGAAUCAGCAGCCCACAGAACCCGCUCAACCCAAGCGAAGGGUAUUCUGCGUCACACCCCAAGAUGGCUCAAACUCAAGCGGUCAGGUCAGCUCAGCUGUGUCUAACGGAAACGGAGGCUUCCACAUCUCAAGGAACUCCCCAGAUGGAUCUGAUGUCCAGCAGUUCAGGAUCGGCUAUGGCUCUGGCAGUCAAGGAGCUGGGCCCUGCCGCUGGUCCGUCCAGCAGCAGAACUCUGACCCGGGUCAACCUGGCACCACUCAAAGGCUUGUGUUCCAGCUUGGACAGCAGGACCAAGCCAGGCAGGCCAACAACAUGAACAUUGUGGCCACAAGCGAGGCCACCGAUCUGGGCUUCACUGGCUCCAAGGGAGGACGUGUGGUGCGUUACCCCAGGAUCCGGCUAGAGAGAAGCUCUUCGCAUCAGCGGCUGACCCAUGGGAACCACCAGACGUUUGGUAAUGUUGGGGAUCCUCAGGGCAGUGAAGGAAGCCCUUCAGAGAUGGACAGUCAAAGUAUGGAUAUUGAAGAUGGCUGUACUUUCAACAUCAGGAGGGAACCACCCAAACGGCAGUCUCACUUCAAGAUUUCUUUCAGUCAGAAUGGUGAUCCCCCUACCGUACACGAUUUAAGCCUGGGAAAUGGUCAGACGAGAGAUGAUUUCCUGGGACAGGUCGAUGUGCCUCUCAAUCAUUUGCCGACUGAGGACCCUACGAUGGAGCGGCCGUACACGUUUAAAGAUUUCCUCCUACGGCCACGAAGGUCAGUUCCAGACUACCGACGAAGCCACAAGUCCCGGGUGAAGGGUUAUCUGCGGCUGAAGAUGGCCUACCUGCCAAAGACUGGAGGUCCGGAGGAGGAGACCACUGAAGGGAUUACCAGGGAGGAGGCGGAGGGCUGGGAGGUGAACGACUCCGCCGACCCCAGCGUCCAGAGGCCUCAGGUGGUCCAGCCCCCGCUGCCCCCAGGAUGGGAGGAGAAGGUUGAUAACCUGGGCAGAACCUACUACGUCAACCACAACAACCGCUAUACACAGUGGAAACGACCCAGCAACGUGGAUGAUGUUUCGGAGGUGGAGAAUGAUAAUCAGCAGCGUGCGAACAGCAUCCAGGCCCACCGGGUUUUCAGGUCCAGACGACACAUUUCUGAAGACCUGGAGAACGAACACAUAGAACCCAGAGACAUGGAAGAUUCGUGGGAGCCAAUCACUGAAGAGAGUCCAGACGGCCUCCUAACUGGCCCCUCCUCCGCAAUGGCGACGCCCAUCCCCCAAACGCCGGACCCCCCGGCCCUCCAGGAGUUCUCAGAGGAGAUCAACCUGCGCCUGUCUCUCUCUCCAACCCCAUCCGGCCCCCCGCCUGACAUCAACGGAGAGGUGGCCGCCCCCAGCCAAGCCUCUGCUGUGCAGAGUCAUCGCUCCUCCAGACUGCGUUCCUCCAGUAUGACAGAUGGGGUCAGUGACCAGGCCCAGCCUCCUCCUCCAGCGCAGAGCUCCCAGACCAGAAGAACCAGAGCUCAAACAGUCACUGGAGUUGAGGAGCCCAUGUCGGCAGCCUAUGCCCUGACCACACCAGGCCUGCCUCCGGGAUGGGAGGAGAGGAAGGAUGCCAAGGGACGCACGUAUUACGUCAACCAUAACAACCGCUGCACCACCUGGACCAAGCCUAUCCUACAGCACACUGAAGAUGAGGCGAGCACCUCUGACUCCGGGGCUGCAGCUGGAGCCGCCUCCACCUCUUCCUCAGCCGCCAACAACAACAGCCACCCGAUUGAACCCCAAAUACGCCGCCCCCGUAGCCUCAGUUCCCCUACUGUUACCCUGUCCACCCCCUUAGAGGGGGCGGCCAACAACAUAGCGGUGCGUCGGGCGGUGAAGGACACCCUCUCCAACCCCCAGUCUCCCCAACCCUCCCCCUACAGCUCCCCCAAGUCAGGACACCAGUCCCAGCAGAGCUUCCUGCCCCCGGGGUGGGAGAUGAGGAUAGCACCCAACGGAAGACCCUUCUUCAUAGACCACAACAGCAGGCUCACCACAUGGGAGGACCCGAGGUUGAAGUAUCCAGUCCACAUGAGAACAAAGGCCUCUCUGGAACCUGGUGACCUGGGGCCUCUUCCUACCCUACCAAACCUACCAGAGGAGCCUGGCUGGGAGGAACGGGUGCAUGCAGACGGCAGGACCUUCUACAUCGACCACAACACCAAAGCCACUCAAUGGGAGGAUCCUCGUCUACAGAGCCCCGCUAUCACAGGGCCUGCUGUGCCAUACUCCAGAGAAUUCAAACAGAAAUAUGAUUACUUCAGAAAGAAGUUGAAGAAACCGGCGGACAUCCCUAACAGGUUUGAGAUGAAGCUGCACAGGACCAACAUCUUUGAGGAGUCGUACCGCCGCAUCAUGUCUCUGAAGAGACCAGACAUCCUGAAGGCCCGCCUCUGGAUCGAGUUUGAGUCAGAGAAGGGGCUGGACUACGGAGGUGUGGCCAGGGAGUGGUUCUUCCUGUUGUCUAAAGAGAUGUUCAACCCAUACUAUGGACUCUUCGAAUAUUCAGCCACAGAUAACUACACACUACAGAUCAACCCUAACUCUGGGCUGUGUAACGAGGACCACCUCUCAUACUUCAAGUUCAUUGGUCGGGUGGCAGGGAUGGCAGUGUUCCAUGGGAAGCUAUUGGAUGGCUUCUUCAUCAGACCGUUCUACAAGAUGAUGCUGGGGAAACAGAUCACACUGAAAGACAUGGAGUCAGUGGACAGUGAAUACUACAACUCUCUGAAGUGGAUCCUGGAGAAUGAUCCUACUGAGCUAGAUCUGCGGUUCUGUAUCGAUGAGGAUAACUUUGGACAGACGUACCAGGUGGAUCUGAAACCCAGUGGUGGUGAUAUGGUGGUCACCAACCACAACAAAAUGGAAUACAUCGAUCUUGUUAUUCAGUGGCGGUUUGUGAACCGGGUCCAGAAACAGAUGAAUGCCUUUUUGGAGGGAUUCACUGAACUCACUCUCAUCGACCUCAUCAAGAUAUUUGAUGAAAAUGAGCUAGAACUGUUGAUGUGUGGUCUGGGUGACGUGGAUGUGAAUGACUGGAGACAACACACUGUCUACAAGAAUGGAUACUGCCCUAACCACCCAGUUAUACAAUGGUUCUGGAAGGCUGUCCUGCUGAUGGAUGCUGAGAAGAGGAUCCGUCUGCUUCAGUUUGUCACCGGGACAUCCAGAGUCCCUAUGAAUGGCUUUGCUGAACUCUAUGGUUCCAAUGGGCCUCAGCUGUUCACAAUUGAGCAGUGGGGAACACCUGAUAAGCUUCCCAGAGCACACACCUGCUUCAACAGGCUGGACCUACCUACCUACGAGUCGUUUGACGACCUGCGAGAGAGGCUGCUCAUGGCUGUGGAGAACGCUCAAGGUUUCGAGGGUGUAGAUUAAACUAACGUCAGCCAUCUUUGUUGAACACCACUACAGAGACAACACACCACCACAGAACAGAACGUUUGAAAACCAACUGCCACAGAACGUUCAAAAAAUCAACUGACUAACUGCCAUUCUACAGCUGCAGACAGUGGCCAUAGCAGGGUCUACCUGCAAGCAUGUUGUAUGCACAUGAUCAACCACCGAGGUUACUCUGAGACUGUAGUGACCGUGACAGAGACUUGAGCCCAACGAGCCAUGUCUGUCUUCUCAUUCUAUGUCAAGGUGCUGGGGAACAUGGCCAGUACAUUGCAGUGCAGCCAACGCAAAACACUGCACCUCUGUCUGAAAUCUGCAGUGCUGGAAUCUGUGAUGCAUUUCGAUAUGAAUAUCUCUCUUGUUGUUGUAUUUGACACCCACCCACCCAGUGACUCUGCUGUGCUGUGGAGUGCAUAUCCUUAACAUGCUGGUUACUGCAUUAUGUAUGAAAUGAAUCAAAUUACUACUCCUCCUCUCUCCAAGGUAACAUGCUGGAUCCUGCAUUGUAUAUAAUCACUGAUCGAUUUGAGUCCUGCAUUGAUCAAUCACUACUUAACUCCUCCACUCCAGGUUACCUUAAUACUACAGUACUACACCACCAGAUAACCUUAGGAAUGCUAACCGAUCACAGAAUCACUGAUGAGGAUAUAAGCCUAGCCGUGUCUCUCUCACUGUUCAACUACUAUGCCUGCCUGGUCCCACCUCCCUCUCUCUCUCUCCCUCACUCCCUACCUUUCU